AUGUUGGUGAGGUCAGCAUUUCCUUUACGAGUCGGAUUGGCAGCCGGGAAGCCCUUGCAAGCCUCACGGAACACAUGGAUCCUCCGCAGAGUGUACGCUCCUGAUCCGACGCCUCCUGGACGAGUGCAGCGGAAUCCACAGGAGUUACCAAAUCUGAUGAAGCUAGAAGUUGUUGAAAUUGAAGCCCAUAAACCUGCAGGACCAUUGAAAGUGAUUCUUUUGCAGGACGUUGAAGGAAUAGGACACCAGUUUGAUGUAGUUGAUGUGGAUAGAAAGCUUGCUCGAGAUGACCUCCUACCCACUAGGAAAGCCGUAUAUGCGUCUCCGUUUGAUCUCAAGUAUUACGCCGGCGUUAAAGAGGUAUGUUCCGGAUUUUGCGCAUGA